GGCGUGGCCUGUCAGAAAAGUUCUACAAGAAAAAGUCGCUCCAGUUUCAGUUCACAAUAAUUCUCUAGAUUUUACAGAGCGGUGACUGCUAAGAUAAAAUACAUUAAAAAAAACCUCUGAAUUAUUUUUUUUAAAGAAAUGUGUUUAUUUUUUCUAUACUUACUAUGCGGGACAGUAUCCCUACUCCCUAUAGAAGCGACACCGCGCAAGGAAAACCAGAUCGGUGACAAAGGUGUCGCCAUGGCGACGGUGUACUGGGAGCGCUCGGAGAAGGCGGUGGUUUUGAGAGAAGGCGUCAUGUUGAAAGACGGAGACGCGUACGGUUUUUAUAACGACUCUCUGUACCAGAGCGGCUGGGGGGUGCUGGAGCUGAGAGCGGGGUACGGAGCGACGAGGGACCCCGAUACCGUCAUGUACCUCGCGGGGUACCUGGAGGGAUAUCUCACAGCACGGCAGAUGGGGGAUCAUUACAGGAACAUGUACCCCCAGCUCAUAACGGACCCCACUGUCGCCUCAAAAGUCAAAGACUUUCUCCAGAAGCAGUUCUCCUGGGCUCGUGACGAGGUGCACAGGAUGGGAGGGGGGGAUCCUCUUUGGCGUCACGUUGGGUACGUCCUGUCCCAGCUCGACGGGCUGCAUGCAGGGGCGCUGGAGUGGGCAAAGAGGAGCCGGACUGAGCCCCUGUCUCUGUUUGCAGUUCACUUUUUGAAUGGUCUUGGUGAUUUGCUGGAUCUCAUUCCCAUGCUGUUUCCUGGCAACCACACUGACUGGCACUCCCUCAGCUGGGCCAAACAGAACCAGGACCGGACCAACAUGGGGCACUGCUCCGCACUCAUCAAGGUGUUGCCCGGGUUCGAGAACGUCUUCAUCUCCCACUCCAGCUGGUUCAGCUACGCGGCCACCAUGAGAAUCUUCAAGCACUGGGACUUCAAACUGGAGGACCAGCAAACAGCCACGGGCCGGCAAUCCUUCAGCAGCUACCCGGGCUUCCUCAUGUCUCUGGAUGAUUUCUACCUGCUGGGCAGCGGUCUGGUGAUGGUUCAGACCACCAAUGGGAUCUACGACCGCUCCCUCUUCAAACUGGUCACGCCCCAGUCUCUGCUGGCCUGGCAGCGGGUGCGAGUGUCCAACAUGAUGGCUCGCGACGGGAAGGAGUGGGCUAGCAUCUUCUCCAACUAUAAUUCAGGUACUUACAAUAACCAGUACAUGGUGGUGGAUUUGAACAAGAUUCACCUCCAGGAGGACAUUGAGGAAGGAGCACUCUUCAUUAUAGAACAGAUCCCAGGACUGGUGGAGUUCUCUGACCAGACCAGCGUCUUGAGGAGGGGGUACUGGCCCUCCUAUAACAUCCCGUUUCACAAGCAGAUCUACGCUCGGAGCGGAUACCCGGCGAUGCGGGAGCACUUCGGGACGGAAUACUCCUACGACCUCUGUCCUCGAGCCAAGAUCUUCCGCCGGGAUCAGGGUUCCGUGCGGGACCUGGCCUCCCUGCGGCGCAUCAUGAGAUACAACGAGUACCAGACAGACCCAUAUUCGGAGGGGGAUGCUUGUAAAACAAUCUGCUGCAGAGGAGACUUGAAGAAGGACCAGCCCGUUCCUGGUGGAUGCUACGACACCAAGGUGACGGAUUUCAAGUUGGCCCAGAAGUUCAUCUCUGAGGCGGUGAACGGUCCGACGGUCCAGGGCGGUCUGCCUGCGUUCAGCUGGAGAGAAUUCAGCCAGACGAGACACGCGGGGCUCCCAGAGUCCUACAACUUCACCUUCCUCACCAUGCAGCCUGUGCUGUUCGAACCCUAGACCAGCCCUGCCAGGGAGAGGCAUCCCACUGCUCAGAGCGGCUUCAGACCAGGAGCUUCAAAUCCCAGCUCAGCCACCGACUCGCUGUGUGUGUGUGUGUGUGUGUGUGAGAGAGAGAGAGAGAGAGAGAGAGAG